GGUGGGCUCCAGCAGCCAGCAUGGCCACAGCUGCCUCCAGCCCCUACACCCUGCUCAGCUCGAGCCCCAUGAUUCACCCGGACAGCCAGGCCAUGCAGCCGGCGAGCCCCUACAGGGCUCACCAGAAGCUGCUGCAGAGCGACUACCUGCAGAGCAACGGGCACCCGCUCGGGCACCAGUGGGCAGUGAGCAAUCUGUCGGAGGGCAGCCCCUGGUCGGCCUCGAUGGAGCAGCAGCAGCAGGACAUCAAGCCGGGCCGGGAAGACCUCCAGCUCAUCCAUCACCGCUCCCCGCACGUGGCGCACCAUUCCCCGCAUCACAACAGCCACCCCGGCGCCUGGGGGACUCAGGUGUCCCACAGCGCGUCCAUCAACAGCGGACAGCAGAUCAACAUUUACUCCCAGACCGGAUUCACUGUCAACGGCAUGCUGGAGCACGGGGGGCUCACCCCGCCACCCAACCCCGCGGGGCAGAGCAUGCACCCGGGCCUCAGGGACACGCUCAGCCCCGAGCACUGCAGCGACCUCGGCGGGCACCACUGCCACGACCACUCCGACGAGGAGACGCCUACCUCGGACGAGCUGGAGCACUUUGCCAAGCAGUUCAAGCAGAGACGGAUCAAGCUGGGCUUCACGCAGGCGGACGUGGGCCUGGCUCUGGGAACUUUGUACGGCAACGUCUUCUCCCAGACCACCAUCUGCAGGUUCGAGGCGCUGCAGCUGAGCUUUAAGAACAUGUGCAAGCUGAAGCCGCUGCUGAACAAGUGGCUGGAGGAGGCGGACUCGAGCACCGGGAGCUCCAGCAGCAUCGACAAGAUCGCAGCCCAGGGCCGGAAGAGGAAGAAGAGGACCUCCAUCGAGGUCAGCGUCAAGGGGGUUCUGGAGACGCACUUCCUCAAGUGUCCCAAACCGUCCGCGCAGGAGAUCACCUCCCUGGCCGACUCGCUGCAGCUGGAGAAGGAGGUGGUGCGCGUUUGGUUCUGCAACCGGAGGCAGAAGGAGAAGCGCAUGACCCCUCCGGGAGAGCCGGCGCCGCACGAGGGACCCUACUCGCACGGCGGGAGCGCCGGAGACGCGUCCUCGUGCCACGACCUCUGACGGCGCGAGGACACUCGGCUCCCGGACUCCCUCACCGCAGCACCUGCUCAGCCUUCGUCCUUCAGUCGUGGGGGCGUCUAUCUCCACCUCACACUCACACUGACCUAGUGUCCCGGACGCCCUUUGAAUAUCGCCCCAUCACGGAUACAAGACAACGAUGUGCCUAACACCCCGCCACGGCCUUUAGUUUCGGUCUCUCAGCCGCUUUCCGUAGGAAUACACUUGUCUUUUUUCUUUUUUCUUUUUUUCCACAUUUCUCUGGGGGAUUUGCCGAAACUGCUGCGGAGUGAGCAGACAAUAAGAGGGGCGCCACGCACCGGACGCCGUUUCCACGCGCCUCUGCCUCUUCACACUCUGCAUUUGUAGCGUGGCUGUCGUUAUGACCGCCGUUGUUUCGGCCUCUGCAAACACAGGCCCGUGCUCCAGUUGUCGAUCACUGGGAUGCGGAGAGGCCGCGCACUCGCUGUUCGUUCUUUAUCCACGCGUUUAUCUUGACCAUAUCAACUGUGGGGACGCGACACACCUGCCUAUAAGUUGACUUCACUUCUGAGAGAAAGUUUUAUAAUAUGACCUGUUCUUGGUUGAUUUGCUAUUUUUCCAAUAUUGUACAGUUUUAUAAAUAUAUUACCCCUUUUUGGAGUCAUUAAUUUAAAGAAGCGCUCUUUAGUUAACCAUGCACUUGAUUAGCAUUGUACAAACAAACAAAAAUAUUUUCAGUGAGAUUGAACUGUAUCGGCGGUUUGAUUCCAAAUUUCGACGACAGCUCAAGCAAUUAUUUAUUUUCAGUAUAAAAGCUUGUAUUAUGUUUUGAAAUAAACUAUGUAUGUUGUA